GCAGAAAAAUCAUCAUAAAUCCUUAACAAAAAUGAAAAACGAGAGAGAGAGAGAGAGAGAGAGGUAUUGAGUAGGUACCCAUGAUAGGCUGGUAAGAGUUUAUACAACCUGUUGACUCUAAACCCUUCUCGCACUGAAAUCCGUCUGGACGGCGCAAAUCUGAAAAUAACAUUCAAAACACACUACGUUGAUUUUUUAUUUUCCUGCACAGUGAUCCACGCACCACCACGUUUUAGAAAUGAAUUCGCUCUUUUUUAUUGGGAAAGGAAACUACUAGUACUUGUCUUCCCACUUCCGAACCAAGAUUCCCCAUGGACCUUGCUCUAACCGCCACUUUCCGGCCCCUCUCGCGGCCGGAAUAUCCCCAGUUUCGCCGUGAUCUUUACAGACCCAUUUCCCUCCGGCGACAGCUGAGUUCCAAACCACCAUCAUUCAGACCGACAGUGAUCGUCACGGCACAGAAGAAGCCGAAGAUCGAAGGGGUCAGUGAUGAGCUGAACUCGAUCGCAUCGCAGAACUUGGACCACGCUGCUGCUCGCAGAAGAGUGCGCUCGGCUUUUGCUAAUGUCCAGCAGCAGCUUGAUCAUAUAUUGUUUAAGAUAGCUCCAGCUGGGAUCAGGACAGAGGAGUGGUAUGAAAUGAAUUCAAAUGGACAAGAAAUUUUCUGCAAAAGCUGGUUGCCAAAGCCCGGUGUACGAAUCAAAGGGGCGUUGUGCUUUUGCCAUGGAUAUGGUGAUACCUGCACCUUCUUCUUUGAAGGCAUUGCCAAGCACAUUGCUGCUUCGGGUUAUGGCGUUUACGCCAUUGACCAUCCAGGUUUCGGUCUUUCUGAAGGAUUGCAUGGAUAUGUCCCCUCUUUUGAUGCCGUGGUCGAUAAUGUCAUUGAACAAUACAGGAUAAUGAAAGGACGGCCAGAGAUACGAGGACUGCCCCGUUUCUUAUUUGGUCAGUCCAUGGGUGGAGCAAUUGCUCUCAAAGCACUUCUUAAGACACCAAAUGAAUGGGACGGCAUAGUGCUGGUUGCUCCAAUGUGUAAGAUCUCGGAGGAAAUGACCCCCCCUGUUCCACUCCAGAAGGUACUGAUCUUUCUAUCUAAGCUAAUGCCACAAGCGAAGCUCGUCCCCCAGAAAGAUUUAGCAGAUUUGGCUUUCAGAGAGUUGAAGAAAAAGCAAAUGGCUCCAUACAAUGUGAUCAGUUACUCGGACCAAACACGACUGAGGACUGCUGUUGAACUCUUGAAUGCUACAAAGUAUAUCGAAUCACAGGUGGAGAAGGUUGGGUCUGCGAUGCUGAUUCUUCAUGGAGCUGCUGAUAAAGUGACGGAUCCCCGUGUGAGCCAAUUUCUAUACGACAAAGCUUCGAGCAAGGACAAGACUCUGAAGCUCUAUGAAGGAGGCUUUCACUGUAUUUUAGAAGGGGAACCUGAUGACAGAAUUUUGGCUGUACUUAGUGACAUUAUUUCAUGGCUUGAUUCUAGGACCUCUCUCAAAUAGAAUAUUCUUCCACGGUCUUGUAUUCGUUUAGAUAAAAUUUGUUUCUCAUGA